AUGAACACGGUUGAAAAGAAAAUGACAACUUCGAUGCAGAUGGAACUUACUACACCGAUGACUGCUUCUGAUGUAAAAGAUGAUCUGGUAAAAGUACCGACAAUCACUUAUGAUAUGCCUAACAAGAAGAAGGAUGACGUUCUCGAUAAGGAAGAAAUCGCGAUCAGUCACAUAAUCUCUAUUCUUAAUGACACGCCGAAAUCGGAAGUAUCGGUGACUUUGCCGGUGCCUAAUUCCUCUCCAGGUCAGUCCUCUUGGGUGAGCAUCGACGAAACUGCAAAGCCCGUUCANCACUUAAAGAUCAGUUUACCGAGCCAUCGACCCACCACGCCCUCGACGUCUUCGACUUUCCCUUACACUUUUUACAAACCCAGCUCACUUCACAGUCUUUCCUCGACGUAUUACAAUUACGAACUCGUUCCCACUGAAACGACCUACACGUCGCAGCAUUCGACCUUUAGCAACUCGCACGUCUCGCGGCCGUCCACGCAAACCACUUACUCUGGCGCUUCCAGCGGUGUUUUCUCGACCUACUCUGGCAAUCGUCCAACAACGAAUCCUCCGGCGCCAACAGUAAUAGUUCUUGGCCCACUCGGAACAGAAUAUACUACGAGAACUACUCAGAAACCUAUAACGAGAAAACCCUCCGGCUCGUCUCCUUCUACCAAGCCCGUAGUGAUUAAAACUACUCCCGUAAAAACUCAAACAGUCAGACCCACCACGCUGGUUAGCACCAAGAAGCCCAGCGUGUCUACCACUAUCACUCAUAACAUCAGCACCGUCAUCUCCAACGUUGUAACUAGCAACAAUGUGGUCUCCACCAGCUACAUCAGUGUCAAUCUGAAGGACGGCACCAGUGCGAAACCAAUAGUCGAGGUCAGCACCGAGGCAAUCGCGUCGCAAACUGUAAGUACAAAGGACCGACCGACUACAAAAAAGCCUGUAAUCUGGACCACGCUCUCUUCGUGGUCGGACAAGCCGUCGUUCCGUCCAAAACCGUCGACGCCCAGCUUUCAUUGGCCGGAUAAAAAUUUGACGCCGGUCAACAAUGUUAUUAUCAAAGACACUACAAUCGACUUUAAGGCUACUACCAGCACACCAUGCGAUGACGAAACCGCAGCGCCGGACGAUCUCAUCAACUUCCCGCCAGUGCGAAACCCGAAUCUCAACAUCUCUAUGCCAAUCUCGCAGCAAGAAAAACCGACCAUUGUCGAAAUAUAUAACAACACCGGAUAUCCGGACAUCGAGCUGAUCAGCGAGAAUGACAUUCCGACGCCUACU